ACUUGAAUGAAUAGAAUGUCCGGAUUGAUUUUUACAGUGUUACCAAUUAUAUUUUAAGGUUAUGUUGUUUCUAUAUACCUUAUAUGCUGAGUUUAAUUACAGUAUAUACCUUAUGGACUAUUGUCGUAUGAUGUUAGUUUAUCUGAUGUCUUGAUAUUAUGUUAAUAUGUUUUAUGUGUUGAUCAUUUGAGAUUUAGUCGAGCUCUCUAGAGAUAUGCACACACGAUAGUCAUAGUAAUACGCCGUUGAAUCUCAUUAAUGUCCAAAACCUCAUAGAUGUCAAAGUUUCUCGAAACAAUGGCAACACUAAAGCGCUUCAUUAGGAUUAGCUCGGCGCUUUAUAGUCACUACAAUAUUACCGAUAUAGGGUUUAGGGAUGGCCAAAAAUGGCAUACACUCACUAUGUGCUGAUCUUGCUCACAUUAUAGGAUCAAGUCAAGGCAUUUUAGUCAGGUUUAUGGAACUGCUUCUCUUAGCCAAGAAAGAAAGAUAGAAUUAUUUAUUAAUUUAUUUAUUUUUCUUUCUGGUAUGUUUGGUUGCAAACUAAAUUGGAAGAUUCUGUAGACGACAGGAUUAUUAGAUGGAAAGAAGAAUGAACAGGAUGAGGGGGAGUAGUUGUCCUAAUCUCAAUAUGUUUUGGCAGUCAAGAUUAUAUAUUUUUAUAUAAAUAUAUAUAUAUUUUAACCUAAGACUAGAAGUAGUUUGUGUCAUAUCAUAUGUUAGUCUCUCUCUCUACCUAUCUUUAUCUUUCUCUCUCUGAUGAUCAUCUUCAUAGCCAAUUAGUACUAGGAUACAUACAGAUUACAGAUACAGUGUCCAUUUGUCAACAGAGCAGGUGCUUCUACUCACUACACUUUCCCAUCCUUCCCCACCUCCACAUUUAGGACAAUUCUCACCUUAGGAUGGAUAUUUUAUAUUUAAAUAAUAUUUUGUAAGAAAAAUUAUCAUAUUUUAUAAGAAACAUGGUGACUAAGUGACUCAUCUUUGUAUUUUACUAAAAAUGUACUUACUGCUAUCUAUUUUAUUUUGUGUCAUUUUUAUUUUUUUAUUUUUUUUAUUUUUUAUGUUGGCAUAAAAUCUAUAAAUGUCAUUUUUGUGAAAGAAAUAAUAAUAAAAUAAGUAUGACUAGGAAUCACAUCCCUAUUAUUAAGUAGCUGCGUAUGUGUAUAGACAUACAUAUACGUGUAUGUGUAUGCCUUAUUUGCCUUAACGUUCCAUGUAAAAUACCUUGCAAGAAAUGGAGCCAAUGAGACUGCCAUUGCUUCAAGAAUUAAUAAUAAUAAUAAUAAUAAUAAUAAUAAUAAUAAUAAAAGAGAAUAUUUGGGAUUUAAAUGAACCUUCUAAAUUACAAAAUAUCUUUAUUAUUACCGGACCUAGAGAAUAUUUUAUCUUAUAUUUUCAAUGCGAUCGAAAAUUCAUUUUUAAAUAUAUGUAUAUAUAUAUAUAUAUUGUAGAAUACCUUGAAAAAGAAAAGAUCAUUUGUACAAAGCAAUGUAGAAAAGUUGUUGAAAUAAUUGUAAGCUAAUACUAAUGUAUGAAGAAGCAUUUCCUAAGAAAAAAGACAUUCCUACUUUGUAAAUUUCAACUCAAAAAUCUCACCAACUCCAUCAUUUCUCCUUCAUAUAAUCUCUAUAAAUAAUACUUGUGACAUUCCAAGCCGAGUCUAAUCGAAAACAUUCAUAACACACAAUGGCCAAAUUCAACUUAUUCUUGAUUGUGUUUCUUCUUUCUUUUUCUUUUUCGCCUCUUUGUCUCUGCCACAAAAACUAUGGAGGCUAUCUCUUCCCGCAAUUCUACGAUCGGUCGUGUCCGAGACUCCAAGAUAUCGUCAAAUCAGUCAUUGCCAAGGCCGUUGCCCGUGAAGCUCGAAUGGCUGCCUCGCUCCUCCGCCUCCAUUUUCACGACUGCUUUGUCAAGGGAUGCGAUGCGUCGAUACUUUUGGACAGCACGGGAAGCUUUGUGAGCGAGAAGAGAUCGAAUCCGAAUAGGAAUUCUGCACGCGGGUUCGAAGUGAUCGAUGAGAUCAAAGCAGCCGUGGAGAAAGAGUGCCCUCAUACCGUUUCUUGCGCCGAUAUAAUGGCUCUUGCUGCUCGGGACUCCACCGUGAUUAGCGGAGGGCCAAGUUGGGUGGUUCCGUUGGGAAGACGGGACUCCUUAGGCGCGAGCUUGAGUGGUUCGAACAACAACAUACCUGCCCCUAACAACACAUUCCAAACUAUUCUUACAAAGUUCAAGUUGCAAGGAUUGGACAUUGUCGAUCUUGUGGCAUUAUCCGGAAGCCAUACCAUAGGAAAUGCAAGAUGUGUAAGCUUCAGACAGAGGCUAUACAACCAGACGGGAAACUCGCAGCCCGACUACACGUUGGACCAAUCGUAUGCAUCCAAGUUGCGCGCCGGAUGUCCCAAGUCCGGCGGCGAUCAGAACCUCUUCUUUCUCGACUUCAUUUCCCCGACAGCAUUCGACAACAGCUACUUCAGGAACUUGCUGAGCUACAAGGGGCUUCUGAGUUCGGACCAAAUCCUGGUGACAAAGAAUCCUAUCUCGCUGGGGCUCGUGAAAAAGUACGCGGCGAGCAACGAGGAUUUCUUCGAGCAGUUCGCCAAGUCCAUGGUUAAAAUGGGAAACAUAUCUCCAUUAACGGGCUUCAGGGGUGAAAUCAGAAAGCAUUGCAGAUACAUAAACAAAGCCUGA